UCACGUUCGUAUUGAGAUAUGUUCGUGGAGAAAGUUUAUAUAAUUGUAGUUUUUUAUAUAGAUUUAUUUUCAUGUAUUUCGUUUUACGGCCCAAUUUGGAGUUACCGCGACGAAAGUGCAUGGCCGGGGGGAUUUUGUAAAAAAGGGGGUAAAAGACAGUCCCCAAUAGAUAUCCGGACGAAUAAUGUCAUUAAAGACUUUGACAGGCAGUUUAUUACAAAUGGCCGACUCAAGUUUAUUGGUUAUGAGAACGUCCUCUCAUCUGGGAUCAAUAAUGGUCAUACAGUUCAGUUCAGUACGGAAGGCGAUCCAGACAUGCAUCCAACAAUAACUGGUGGGCCUCUGAAGUAUACAUACCGCCUCGAACAACUACACUUUCAUUGGCUUUCAGAACACUCUAUAAAUGGAGCUAAGUUUCCUAUGGAACUACAUUUCGUACACGUGCGGGCGGACCUCAAUGUUUCAACAGCAUUAAGUAAAAAAGAUGGACUGGCAAUACUCUCCGUAUUUUGUAAUGUCCAACCAGAGCUAAAUGAGGACCAGCGAGAGGCAUCCGAACAGAUAAUGCAACACAUUCCACUGUUAAUGAGGACUGGACGCAGAGUCAGUGGAGUUAUUUUAAACUUAAGGAAGCUUCUAAGUCCGAAAAUAAAUUCUUACUUUACAUAUCUCGGUUCUCUCACAUCACCGGAGUGCAACGAAGUGGUAGUCUGGAUAAUUUUUAACAAUCCUAUAUACAUUUCCGAUGCCCAUUACCACCUCUUCGGUAAGGUGGGCAAAGGUCGUCACAACUUCAGAAGUCAACAGAAGAUAAAUAAUCACCAGGUGUUUCAGCCUCCAGACGCAUUCAUCACCACACCAAAAGCUGUGAUCAUAGUAACUGAUGUUUUCAAACAUGUUACACAGUUCUUUCAGAAUAUUACCAGGUUCGUAGUAAGAGGAUUUAAAUCAAGAAAUUAAACUUAAUCAUCAUGGCUGUUUUAAAAUAUUCCAGCAUUUUC